GGGGCAGGUCUACUGAGACGCUCGGCAGGUUCUCGGAGGAGGAGGUCGAGCGCGUGUUCGAGGGCAAGAGCCCCGUGGGAGGGCCUAAGCUCUCUGUGGCCUAUGGGGCUUGGAUAGAGAGGUCACCGAGACGCUCGGCAGGUUUGCCUCGGAGGUGGUCGAGCACGUGUUCAAGGACAAGAGCCCCGUGGGAGGGCCUAAGCUCUCUGUGGCCUAUGGGGCUUGGAUAGAGAGGUCCCCGAGACGCUCGGCAGGUUCGCCUCGGUGGUGGUUGAGCACGUGUUCGAGGACAGCAGCUCCGUGGGAGGGCCUAAGCUCUCUGUGGCCUACGGGGCUUGUAUAGAGAGGUCGUUGACUCUGAAACCAUAAUUCAAGCACGCAGUGGAGGAAGAGUACAAGAAUGCUGCUAAAUUUGUCGACUUCAGGAAUAACCUCGGUGAAGUGGUGAAUCAGGUGAACGAAUGGGCAAAGAAGGAGACCAAUAGACUCAAUGACAGCAUUGUCACCCCCGCUGACAUCUCCAAGUUAACCGUGCUCGUGUUAGCGAAUGCCUUGUACUUCAAGAGAGCUUGGGUCGAGAAGUUCGAUGUGUCCAGAGCAAGAGACAAUUACUUCUAUCCACCAAGUGGCCAGGCCGCUGUUCGGGUUCCCUUCAUGACCAGCGACAAGGACCAGUUUAUCGGCACGUAUGAGGGGUUCAAAGUCCUUUGGCUUGACUACGAGCAGGGUGGUGAUCUAGACCGCAGUCUCUCCACGUGCUUCUUUCUUCCAGAUGAAUGGGACGGGCUGCGCGGUCUAAUGGAAAAGGCCUGCUCUGACCCUGAAUUCUUAAAAUACCAUGUUCCUUAUAACAAGGUGCCUGUGGGCCAAUUCCGGAUCCCCAAAUUCAAGAUCUUGUCAAAGUUUGAUGAUUUAACUGAUCACCUACAUAAUCUGGGUGUGCCAAAGCGAUGCUUGUUAGAGGUGGCGGAGAAUGAACUCAUCUCUGUUUCAAGAAUAAUCCAGAAGGCCUUUGUCGAGAUUAACAAAGAGGGCACAGAAGCUGCUGCUGUUACCGCUAUGGUUGGCCGAGCUGGUUGUGCGAUGGAUUUUAGUCCGCCUAAAUAUGUGGACUUUGUCGCGGACCACCCAUUCAUGCUUGUGAUCUGACAGGAGACCACGGGAGCUGUUCUCUUUGUAGGUCAGGUGCUCAAUCCCCAGGACAGAUGAUGUUCAAAUAAUUGCAGAUGGCCUUUAUAUAGUUCUAGAUUUUGCUAGUUUAAGGUUUUAGGAUUUUACCUUAUGCAUUACAGUAUG